UGUAUUCAUCCAAAGUAAGAAGUAAGAAGCAAAACCUCUUCUAACUAGAGAGAGAGAGUUGUACAGAAAAAAAAAUUUGGUUGUGUGCCACCAUAUUAAGAAAUUAAGGAGCAAGAUGGGAGGCAACUUAUCCUGCCACAUUCUCACCUUCCAUUCCGCUGCUAAAUGGAAGGCUCACUUUGAUGCCUCCAAAGAAACUAAUAAGUUGAUGGUGAUCGAUUUCACGGCUACAUGGUGUGGACCUUGCAAAUACAUGAACCCAGUUAUACAAGAGUUUGCUGCACAGUACACGAACGUGGAAUUCAUCAAGAUUGAUGUGGAUGAAUUGAUGGGGGUUGCAAAAGAAUUCCGGGUGCAAGCAAUGCCAACUUGCAUAUUGAUGAAGAAAGGCAAAGUUGUCGAUAAGGUGGUGGGAGCUAAAAAGGAAGAGCUACAAAAGCUUAUUGAGAAGCAUCUGAAUUGAGUGUGUGUGUAUGAUCGACCAUAUAUAAAGGAAGAGGAAUAAGGAGAAAUAUUCUUCAAUAUCUCCUGCCAUUUCCCAUUAUCAUGCCAAAUGGUGUGACGUGUGCUUAGAUAAUUUUCUUGAAGCUCUUUUUAGGGGAAAAAAAUGUUUUUGAGGAGUUUAUUAUUUUAGUGAUUGACCGGAAAUAUUUAAAGUCAGACAAAAAAAAAGAAGCAUUUGUGUGUGGCCAAAAGAAAAAGAAUUGUCAUUUACUUUUUGUGAGAGAAAUUAAUGCCAGACAAGCCUUGGUUAAGUUCAAAAUUA